AUUUAGCACAUGUUCCAGGAACAGCCAUUGAUGAGUUUUUACAAGAACUACACCACCUACUUAGCUCUUCAACUGCUACAAUAUCUAAAAGUUUGGUCGAUGACAUACUAAAGAGCAACAACAUCCAAGUUGAUGAAUCCAUUAUAGGAGAUAUUGCCACAGCAGUUUGUUCCGCUACUCCUGUUCAAAAGUCUCUUCAAAAGGGUGGGUCUCUGAGUACUUCAUAUCAACGCAGACGUUUUUAUACCCAAAAAUUUGGAGUAGUUGAACCUGUUACGCAUGUUUUGAAUGCAAAAGAGAAGCACACAUUUCAGUAUGUGCCAAUUUUGAAGUCUCUUCAGCAUAUUUUGAGGAGCCAGUCUGUAGUUGAGAAGCUUGUAAAAAAUCAUCGAGGAGCACAGCACACACAACCUGAUGAAUUCCAUGAGUACAAGACCCCCCAAGAUGGUACACUUUAUCAAAAGAACAGCUUUUUAAAUAACAAUGAGCUAAGAAUAUCUCUGAGCCUAUAUGUUGACGACUUCGAGACAUGUAACCCACUUGGCACCUCCAAGCCCAUUGUUGGGAAAAUCUUUGAAAGGUACUGUUCACUCUGUGGUAGCAGACAACCUGGGCGCCCACAGCCUAGCUGAAUUUCAGGAAAGUUUUUCUGCGGACUACUAUUGCCGACAGUGCACAGCAAAAAGUUGUGAUGUUCAACACCAUUGUUUCAUCAGAUGCAUUUGGCCCAAGAACUAAGGAGCAGCAUGCAUAUCAUGUAAAGUCCGCAAAAGAAACAGACAAGUGUAUUUGGAGUAAAAAGAGGGUGCACCUGAUCAGAAUGUUUGAGUUUCUUUCAUAUGAUUGGUGGCUACCCACCUGAUCUGGCUCAUGACCUUCUUGAAGGAAUCGUUCCAGUAGAGCUUGCUCACUGCCUUGCAAACUUUAUAUCAAAGGGUUACUUUAAAUUGGAUGACCUUAACACAGCCAAACAGACCUUUCCUUUCAAAUGGACAGGAAAAAUUAACAAGCCAAAUCCAGUACCAAUUAGAUUCGCGAGUCAAAAAUCCAUCAGGGGAAAUGCUCACGAAAACUGGGCUUUUCUGAGGUUUCUUCCAUUUCUGAUAGGGCAUUGUGUACCAGAGAGUAAACCAGCCUGGCUUGUG